CGCGCACGGGAGCUUUUGUUUGGCAAAGAAUGCUAAGGGCUCGCUGCGCUCGGCGGCGGCUCCCGGGCUGCGGGAUGCGGGCGUGGGGCCCCCACGCGCGCACUGCGCCCCGGCUCUCGCGCCCGGCCCAGCCUAAGCCCACUCCCAGGUUGUGCGGUCGCAACGGGGAAGUGGUGCGGCCGCCAUUGUCGCAGCUGCUCCGGAAUAAGGAGGCGGCUGCGGCUGCUUAUAUCUGGCUUGCCCCUGAUCAGACUUAGUCUGAUCUGAAGAUAUUGGAGUUUAAGGCAUUAAGAAAAUAGCCUGAAUUGUUCAUGGAGUUUUUCAUCAGUAUGUCUGAAACCAUAAAAUAUAAUGACGAUGAUCAUAAAACACUGUUUCUGAAAACGCUGAAUGAGCAGCGCCUGGAAGGAGAAUUUUGUGACAUCGCCAUCGUGGUUGAAGAUGUGAAGUUCAGGGCCCACAGGUGUGUCCUCGCGGCCUGCAGCACAUACUUCAAGAAGCUUUUCAAGAAGCUGGAGGUGGACAGCUCCUCGGUCAUAGAGAUCGACUUUCUCCGCUCGGACAUCUUUGAAGAAGUCCUGAACUACAUGUACACUGCCAAGAUCUCGGUCAAGAAGGAGGAUGUCAACUUGAUGAUGUCGUCGGGUCAGAUCCUGGGCAUCCGCUUUUUGGAUAAACUCUGUUCCCAGAAGCGUGACGUGUCCAGUCCCGAUGAAAAUAACGGCCAGUCGAAGAGCAAGUACUGCCUGAAAUUAAACCGCCCCAUCGGGGAUGCAGCCGACACCCAGGACGACGAUGUGGAGGAGAUCGGGGACCAGGAUGACAGCCCUUCGGACGACACGGUAGAAGGCACUCCCCCGAGUCAGGAGGACGGCAAGUCUCCCACAACCACCCUCAGGGUGCAGGAAGCAAUUCUGAAGGAGCUGGGGAGCGAGGAGGUGCGCAAAGUGAACUGCUAUGGCCAGGAGGUGGAGUCCAUGGAGACGCCCGAGUCCAAAGAUCUGGGGUCCCAGACCCCUCAAGCCUUAACCUUCAACGACGGGAUGGGCGAGGUGAAGGAUGAGCAGACCCCGGGCUGGACCACAGCUGCCAGUGACAUGAAGUUCGAGUACCUGCUCUACGGCCACCACCGGGAGCAGAUCGCCUGCCAGGCGUGCGGCAAGACGUUCUCGGACGAGGGCAGGCUUAGGAAGCACGAGAAGCUGCACACGGCGGACAGGCCGUUCGUUUGUGAAAUGUGCACCAAGGGCUUCACCACUCAGGCCCACCUGAAAGAACACCUGAAAAUCCACACCGGGUACAAGCCCUACAGCUGUGAGGUGUGUGGGAAGUCGUUUAUCCGCGCCCCGGACCUGAAGAAGCACGAGCGGGUGCACAGCAACGAGCGGCCCUUCGCGUGCCACAUGUGUGACAAGGCCUUCAAGCACAAGUCUCACCUCAAGGACCACGAACGGAGGCACCGGGGGGAGAAGCCCUUCGUGUGCGGCUCCUGCACCAAGGCCUUUGCCAAGGCCUCGGAUCUCAAGAGGCACGAGAACAAUAUGCACAGCGAGAGGAAGCAGGUCACGCCCAGCGCCAUCCAGAGCGAGACAGAACAGUUGCAGGCGGCAGCGAUGGCCGCAGAGGCAGAGCAGCAGCUAGAGACCAUCGCCUGCAGCUAGAGGGGACGGACGGACGGACGGGGUCGGGGGACGGACGCUUGGCCUGGGAGGUCGAUGCCAAGGUUGCAUUGAUCGUAACCUGUCGCCACCUUUGACUGCUUCUGUGUUGCACUGGCUGGACCCAAGGCAGAGCCCGUGUCGGUUAGUUACUUUUCAGAUUUCUCAAGGCAGUUACGUUCCCACGUUCUGACCAAACGUUGGUGUUUUUGAGGGGGGUUUUGUUUUCUUUUUUUUUUUUUUUUUGUGGUGUCUAGUAUUCAUGUUCCCCGUAAGCUUCCCCUCCCUUCCCUGUGGUUUUAAUUUGAAAGCUCCUCUGUCCGGUUUAAAGUGAGCGGCUUCUGUCCCAAGCUUGAUUCCUCCACACUUGCAAAUCGGGUGAGCGCGUCGAAGAGUAAUUGGAAAAACAACUGAUUUCCUCAUCGUCCCAGUAUAUGUGACUUCCGGUCAAAACAGCAGUCCUUAGUAACUGGAUACAAGAACUUCAUAUCCAUGCAGAAAUCGCAGGCACAGGCUGACCCAGGACACUGUAUAAAUACGAAACCAAGUUUGGAAACGCGGGAUGGUGUUAGUUUUGUGUUUUCCUUCUGUUGAUUUUUAAAUAUCUCUAUCAUUGUUUUUACUGUCUUCUGUGGACAGUGAAUGGUUGCUUUGCUGAAGUGUUUCCUCGCCCUUGGAUGAUGUCCCCUGUACCCACCCCAAAUGCCGCAGGUCUCGUGUGCCUCAGGGUGAGUGAAACCACUGGAUGCUGGCAGUGCUGGAACUGAGUUCCGCCUUUGUCCAGUGUGGCCACUCUCCCCGAGGGUGUCUGUGGAGUGAACCAGUAGUGAGCAGAAGGGGAAAGUGACCAAGACAAGGUUUUCACAGAUGACAGGAACCCUAAGAUUUCCAAACCUAGGUCUUCAAAUCCUGGCUGAUUGCAGAAUUGGUUUUGUAUUUAAGAUCAAAAUGAAGACCAGAACCAGAAGUGAUUCUUGAGAUGAUUUCGUAGUUGACGGGCGAUCAAGCUUUGGGGCUGUCUGCCGCACUCCGUUGCUCACAAAGAAGAUGCUGACAUGAAUUUGAGGUCUUUCAAAUGUGUAAAUAGCGGUGUCGGUCCUACGUGUUUCAAGGAAAAGAAGGACAGCUGCACUUUUUUGUUGUUGUUGUUUAUUUUGGUUUUUCUUUUUGCACAUUGGAUUAAAGUACCUUUCAUUGGCAACACACGUCAGACUGUCUUAACCAAUAUUGGAGAUCAUCAGACCCAACGUUUAUGUUUUCCAAGUAUGUUUUAUCACUGGCUGCAGUUUUCAGUAGAAGCUGAGACUGCCUUUUCGUAGCCGUAAAUCAGAAUUAUGAACUUUGUUUCAGAUCCGGCAUACUAAAUGUGCUUUUAACGAUUUCCUUAGGAGUAUAUUGAAACGCCAGCGGACUUUGAAUUUCGUUCUGUGAGAGAGUGUUAGACGACUGUUUUAGGGUAUGUACAGUUGUAGAAAGUGCCAACUUUUAAAGGUCAUGUUUGGUUCUUAAGAUUUUCUUUAAAAAAAAAAUAACAUUAAAAUGAUUUUCAUUACAUGGCUUGCUGUAUUAUCACCUGUUACUGCUAUUGUGAGAAAAUUUUUUAUUUUCAGAAUUGGUGUACGUGUGUGAUAUGCCCAAGAUUGUCAGGUGGGGAUGCUACCUUUCAAAUUUUUCUUAUUUAUCGGUAAGAUGUUUUGGUUUAAAAUUGAUUUUUUUUCCUGAAAGCCCUUUUUCUGUAUCGGAGGCAGUCCCGUCGGUGUGUUUCUGCGCUGUAAGGAGGGGGGUCUGGCUGCUGUUCCCAGGCUGUGUUGACCAAAGCAAACGUGACAUCAGCUGACAUUCUGUUGAUAGGUACUUCAACAAACCAUAUUUUGGGCCUUUGUUUUUGUAUAUAAAGAAAGUAAUACACUU